GGACAACAAAUCAUGAUGAAGUCAGCAACUUGGAGUCCAUAGGUCUUAUGUCCUGAGAAGCUCAUAGGAAAAGCCUGCUUAUCCUCCAACAUGGCAGCCACCUUUCCUCCUGCCUCAUCUGCAUCAACUAGCCUUGAAAACACCAGCCUCUAUGACUAUUACUACUUUGAAAAUUUCCCAGAUACUGUCUGUAGGAAGGAAGCCAUCCUGUCCUUUGGCCAAGUGUUCCUGCCCAUCUUCUACUCCUUGGUUUUUGUCCUGGGUCUGGGAGGGAACCUUUUCUUCCUCAUUGUUCUCCUCUACUCUGCCCGUAGCAGACGGGUAACUGAGAUAUACCUGCUCAACCUGGUUGUUUCCAAUCUCCUCUUCACCAUAACCUUGCCUUUCUGGGGGGUGUCUGUAGCCUGGCACUGGGGCUUUGGGGAGGUCCUCUGUAAAAUCAUAUGUACCCUUUAUACCACCAGCCUAUAUGGCAGUAUCUUCUUUCUUGGCUGUAUGAGCCUGGAUAAGUAUCUGGAUGUUGUCCAUGCCCAGACCCACCAUCGUCAGUGGACAUCAGCAAAGAGCCGGCUCCUUUCAGGUGGUGUGUGGACAGCGGCCCUGGUGCUUUCCAUCCCUGACCUGGUCUUUGCUCGACUGCAGGAAGGCCCUAGUGGGAGGCAGAAUUGCCAUCUGGACUUUGGAGAAAAUGGACCUGUAUGGAAGUUGCUUCUUCGCUUUCAGCAGAGUACUCUGGGAUUUAUCCUCCCACUUUUCACCAUGGUCUUCUUCUACACUCGAAUAAGCUGUGUCCUCACAGUCCUGAGACCUCGGGGAAGGAGCCGAGCCCUGCGGAGAGCUGCAUUACUGGUGGUGACCUUCUUUGCAUUGUGGGGCCCCUACAACAUUACGCUGUUCUUGCACUCACUGCAGGACUUACAGGUCCUGGAUAGCUGUGAGGUCAGCAAGCGUCUAGACUAUGCCCUUCAGGUGACAGAGAGCAUUGCUUUCCUCCACUGCUGCCUUUCUCCUUUCCUCUAUCUUUUUGUUCACCAUCGGCUCAAGAAGCAUCUCAAAAAGGUUCUGGAAGUCAUCUUCAAGAGAUGCAGGGAAUCUGCUGCCCAUCCCUCUCAGGCCAGUUAUUCAGAUAGUUAUUCCACAGACCAAGAAGAAAUGACAAGCACUGGCAAUCUGGAACAAAGUUUACAGGAUCAUAGAAUUUAGGGCAAGAAGAGACGUCAGAGAUCAUUUAAUCCAACUGCCUCAUUUCUCAAGAGAGAGAACUAAAACAGAGUAUAAGUGACUUGCUUAAGGUAAUCCAAGUAGUAACUACCAGAUCUGGGUUUUGAAUCCAAGUGUUACUAAAUAGAGCUCCUUUACAACCAGGACAAAGGUUCUUCUAUACCAACUAUCAUGGUGGCGUGUUGCAGCAAAAAUUGUCAACACAGAAUCAGGAGAUCUGGAUUUGAAUCCCAAUCCUGAUGCUUAUUAACUGUCUUACUAUGGCUUAGAGUUUAGAACAGUGGCUCUCAAAUUCUUUGGUUAUAAGAACUUCCUUUUUUUCUCUCCUCUUUCC